AUGGUCGCGGCACACACCUCCAGCCACCCGUCCGCUUCUGCUGAGUGGAUCAUCUGUCUGGAUAAGAGACCGGAGGAGCGUUCGGGGGAGGAUGGGGACAUUAUCUUGGCCCGUCUGAAAAGUGUGAAGGCCUUUGAGAAGUUCCACCCUGCUCUACUUCAGCAGAUCUGUCUGUGUGGCUUCUACGAGUGUCUGGAGAAAGGCAUCACAUUGUACAGGCAGGGUGACAUCGGGACUAACUGGUACACUGUCCUGUCUGGUUCUCUAGAUGUCAGAGUCUCGGAAACAGCAAACCAUCAGGAUGCUGUCACCAUCUGUACACUGGGCAUCGGCACAGCUUUCGGGGAGUCUAUUCUGGACAACACGCCUCGGCACGCCACCAUUGUCACCCGAGAGUUCAGUGAACUACUGCGGAUUGAGCAGAAGGACUUUAGGACCCUGUGGGAGAAUUAUCGUCAGUGUAUGGCUGGUCUGCUGGUCCCUCCCUAUGGUGUUAUGGAGAGCGGCCCAAAUGCUGACAGAAUGCCUGACAAAGACAAUCCGAACAACAGUUCUCCCGGAUCAUCAUCCAAACACUUAAAUAAGGUGCCAUCAGAAAAGAUCCUGCAGGCCGGUAAAGUGUUACGAAACACCAUCCUGUUCAGAGCACCUCACAUGAUCAGAGACAGGAAGUACCACCUGAAAACAUACAGAGAGUGUAGAAUGAGCCACACAAGAGCUCAAGCGUUCACACUACAGAUGUUGGUCUUCAUUACCAGUUUGUUCUGUGUGUCUCCUGUUCUGUGCUUCGCUGCAGUGGACCAGGAGCUGAGUUUCCAAGAUAAGUAUCUGUUUUAUCGCUUCCUGGACGAUGAGACAGAGGACGCACCCCUCCCCACUGAGGAGGAGAAGAAAGAGAGUGAUGAAGAACUACAGGACACCCUCCUGCUCCUCUCUCAGAUCGGACCUGAUGCCCAUCUGCGAAUGAUCCUGAGUAAACAGCCUGGCCAGAGGACAGUAGAUGACCUGGAGAUCAUUUAUGAGGAGCUGCUGCAUAUUAAAGCCUUGUCACAUCUGUCCACCACUCUGGCUCUGGUCAAUGACGCACCUCGGGCAGCAUCUAUCGUACUGAGAGAGGACAACUGCCACUUACUGAGAGUGGAUAAAGAAGACUUCAACAGAAUCCUCAGGGGUGUAGUUUGCACGUUGCAUGAGGGAGAUGACUUCGGGAAAAGACUUCAAUGGUACAUCAUCCUGAAGGGCUCCGUUAACGUGGUGAUCUAUGGAAAGGGUGUAGUUUGCACGUUGCAUGAGGGAGAUGACUUCGGGAAGCUGGCUCUGGUCAAUGACGCACCUCGGGCAGCAUCUAUCGUACUGAGAGAGGACAACUGCCACUUACUGAGAGUGGAUAAAGAAGACUUCAACAGAAUCCUCAGGGAUGUGGAGGCAAACACGGUCCGUCUGAAGGAACAUGAGGAGGAUGUGUUAGUUUUGGAGAAAACUAACAACAGGAGCUCCAGUUCCUCUCCUCUCAAGUACACGGUGAUGUCAGGAACUCCAGAGAAGAUUCUGGAACAUCUUCUGGAGACAAUGAAGCUCGACUCCCAGUUCACAGAGUCAGAUCCUGCUCUGGAUGACUUUUUGCUUAUGCACUGUGUUUUUGUCCCAAACAGUCAGCUGUGUCCACUGCUCAUGGCCCACUAUCAUGCUCAGCCGUCUCAGGGCAGUGAACAGGAGCGGAUGGACUACGCUCUCAAUAACAAGCGCAGGGUGAUUCGCCUGGUCUUACAGUGGGCCGCCAUCAACACAGACCACCUGCAGGAGGAGGACAGCUCUUUCAACUUCCUCCAGGAGUUUAAUGAGACAGUGUGUGAAGAUUCCAGACUCAUUCCAGCUCUAAAAGACCAGCUGCCUGAACUAGAGAAGAUCAUCAAACAGAACUGUGAGGAUGGCCGGCCCUCUCAGAAAAAGCACAAAGUCCUGCUGCGUCAGUUCAGCACAGGGAACGACAGACUGCAGAAGAAACAGCCGAUCAGAAGCACAGAUGAGAUCCUCUUUAAGGUGUACUGCAGUGAUCAUACCUACUCCACUAUCCGAGUGCCUGUCGCUGCAUCUGUCAGAGAGGUCAUCGCCGCUGUUACCGAUAAACUUGGGUCAGGAGAUGAUCUUCUGCUCAUCCACCUCAACUCAGCCGGAGAUAAAGAGCUUCUAAAGCCAUCUGAUGUGUCCAUCUUCUCAUCACUGAGUAUUAAUGGCCGUCUGUUUGUCUGCCCGAGGGAGCAGAUCGACUCUUUGACUCCACUGCCGGAGCAGGAAGGUCCGUCUGCAGGCUCCAUGUCCACGUUUGAGCUCAUGAGCUCUAAAGAUCUGGCUCAUCAGAUGACUCUCUAUGACUGGGAGCUCUUCGACUGUGUACAUGAGCAUGAGCUGAUCUACCACACGUUUGGCCGUCAGCAUUUCAAGAAGACCACGGCUAAUCUGGAUCUGUUCCUGCGGCGCUUUAAUGAGGUUCAGCUGUGGGUGGUCACAGAGGUUUGUUUGUGUCCCACGCUCAGCAAACGCGUUCAACUGCUCAAGAAGUUCAUCAAGAUCGCAGCGCACUGUAAAGAGUUUAAGAAUUUGAACUCAUUCUUUGCCAUUAUCAUGGGUCUGGGAAACCCGGCGGUCUGUCGGCUCAGUCAGACAUGGGAGAAACUGCCCAGCAAGUUCAAGAAGUUUUAUGGAGAGUUUGAAAACCUGAUGGAUCCCUCCAGAAAUCACCGAGCGUAUCGACUUACAGUGGCCAAGUUAGAGCCACCUAUCAUUCCCUUCAUGCCUUUAUUAAUUAAAGACAUGACUUUCACACAUGAAGGUAACAAGACGUUUACUGACAGAUUGGUGAACUUUGAGAAAAUGAGAAUGAUUGCAAACACAGUCAGAAUCAUGAGAUACUGCCGGAGUCAGCCAUUCAAUCAAGAAGCACCGCAGGCGACUGGUAAAAGCCAUCAGGAUGUGCGGAGCUAUGUGCGUCACAUUAGCGUGAUUGACAACCAGCGUACCCUGUCCCAGCUGUCCCACAGACUGGAGCCGCGCCGGACCUGAUCCCCGGCCCUCAGUGCUGCUUCACCUCUGCCAGUCAAUAAGCUCUAGCUGCACAUGAACAGAAGCCUUCCUCCGCUCCGCUGCAGCAGAUGCAUACACAAGGGCUUUGCCUUUCUUUGGCUGCUUGUGUGAAAGCGUGGCUUCAUUUCAGUGUACGGCUGUGGAUGUGCAGACCUCUGUUUAUGACCUUGCCUAUAUUCUGCCACGGAUCAGAUGUUCCCCUCUCUUUCAGAGUUUGUUUGCAGCAGUUGGCCACCUUACAUGGUGUUUUAGAAUUUGUAAUCAUGAGCUUAUUGAAGUUUGUCCUGCGGGAGCUUUUGGAGACUCUUUAUUUUAUCAU